AUGAGUGUGGAGUGGAACGCCAAUGAUGGAGCUUCCCUCAAUAGUGUGCCCAAUGAUCUCCCUGAAGACUUGACCACUUUCAUCUCGGUCGCGAAGGACAUCAAUAAAUCGGAGCUGGGAGAGCUGGCCGCCCCCCCCCGUCCUCUCUACGCCGCGUGGACUACGCGCUAG